UAGCCGGUAUUCAGAUUUGGCGAACCGCGUUGGAAGGACACUGUGACAAAGUUUACGAAAUGGGUCUGACCGGAAACCACCUUGUCAGCCUCUUGCUCUACAUCUUCGUCGUCAACGAGAUCCGUCUUCCUUUGGUGACGUGCCAGGAUGAAGAUAACACUCAAUGCAUGCCAAAAGCAGCCUUCCUGGCUCUGUUGCGCCAUCCGGAAGUCAGCUCGAAUUUAGCCGCAUAUUCUAGAGCAGCGAGAAUAACUCAGGAUGCAAAAAGUCGUAACGACAUGGCACAUCUGAGAGCUUUAACCGAGGAGACUGACGACACGGAGAUCUGCGUACCUGGUCGCGUUUAUUUGCAACUAUUGAAGGAUCCGGUCAUGCGUGGUGAUCUCAGCAUUAUUCUCAAUGGAAGAACACAGAAGUUACCGGAUCUCCUUGGACGUUUGCUCGACGAUAGCGACGAGAUGGAUGCGAGGGAGUUCCUGCCUGAAUCUCAGAAAAGAAGCCUCGCAACGUUGGCCAAAAACGAUGAUCUACCGAUUAGUAUCCAGGAUCGUAUUGCUGAAAACGAAGAUGACGAAGAAAAAAGGGCUGCAAUUUCCAGCGAGCAACCAGGACAAAACGACGCAGGAAUCUCCCGUGAUUAUCUCCUCUCUGGCGGUCGUUCAGAUUUGCAAGCCUUCGCACGAGACUUCCAGAUGGAAAAACGAAAUGUCGGCGCAUUAGCUCGGGAUUUCGCGUUGCCACCUGGUAGACGUAAUAUCGCGUCCUUGGUUCGUGACUACGACCAGAGCAAGAGUAACAACCGGGAAUCUACUUUGCCUUACAAUGGAAAAAGGAACGUCGCUUCCUUGGCGAGAACGUUCACUCUACCUCAAAACGGGAAAAGGAACGUGGCAUCCGUAGCCAGAGACUACGGACUCCCUUAUGGGAAAAGAUACGUCGGUUCCUUGGCCAGAACAGGCGAUUUUCCCGCUAGAAACCAGAGAAGCGUCGCUUCUCUGGCGAAAAAUUCCGCUUGGCCAGUUUCAUUGAAGAGAGGAAUUUUCUUGCCCGGAAGCGUGAUCCUGAGAGCUCUUUCCCGUCAUGGUAGAUCGAUGGUGGACGAAACGAAUGCUAGAAACGACCUGUUAGAUCUUCAGGAACUGAUUAAUCUGGAACAAAGUCAGAGAAACGAUUAUGAGACUGCGGAGGAAAAGUUGAACGAUUCCUUGACGAAAAUCGAUUCGAACAUCAGGAGACCCAAGAGACAGAUUGGCUUCUCCGACGAGUAUCCUCUGCCUGUUAUGCAAAAUACGAACGGUUUUGAUUACGAAGAGAUGAUGGAGGCGCUCAGUGGACAGUACCCGAACGCAGAGAAGAGGUUCAUGGAAACAGGUUCUGCACCGGAGAUGCAGCCAGAGGUAGACCAGUUCGGCUACCCGGAAACGUUUCAAGCGAGUAAAAGACACAUCGGGGCCCUGGCACGUCUUGGUUGGCUUCCAUCUUUGAGGGUCGCGCGAUUUUCGCGCUCACUUCGGUAUCCGAAUGGCAGGGAGAAUCCCGCAGAUGGGCCCUCGUCCGACUACUCCGCCAACUCGUCGACAAGGUCGCUAAGACCUAACUUCAAAUCAAGGAAACACUCCGUUCAAGCCUUGCAUGGGGAUUGUCGACACGGCUUCAAAAGGUUUCUCGUCUUACCGACUACGGAUAAUUAUUUCCAUGAAAAACUUCCUUACUCGUUGCGAUCCAAAUCGUCAUAAAUAGUCUUUUUUUUACUUAUAUAUCACACGAUAAAUAUCGAUGGAUUAGUCAUUCUGUUCAUACUUUUGCUCGUACAUCUCUGGAAUUGAAUAACGAUUAUAAAUACGUAAAUACUUUGAGAAACGAGAUUUAUUUUCGAAUAAUUUUCGAUAUUUAUCUGUAACCGGUACGAGAUUAUUUGCUGGUAACUUUUCUCUUGAUUUAAAGUUAUCUGACACUGGUAAAUGUAUUUUCGAAUCAUCGCGUUUAGCAAGUAAAAGUAUAUGGGGCGCGUUAUGGCUUGUUUUUGACGAACUACUGAAUGAAAAUCAUUUCUAAAGAUUCAGGGAAAUAAGUAGAUUUAAUUCUCAACUGGUAUCGAAUCGUAAAUGAAUUUACAUUAAGUUAUUUAAUUUUUAUGUUCGAGUUUAAUUUUUAUUCUAUGUUACUCUCAUAUAAGAUAGUCUAAAAUUAAACAAUCUAGCGGAAUCUGUUGCAAUUACUUACGAUCCAAAUAUAUCGGUUGAGAUUAAACGAUGGAAGCUCAAAUCUGUGGAAACUUCAGAAGUAUUAUAUGCGAUGGAUGACUGGUACUGUAUUUAUUAUUACGGUAUGCUACAUUUAAAAGCUUUUUCGUGCUUCAAACGGCUAUCAAUGUUUAACUAGCUCGAAGUAUUAACUAACUAUAACGGUAUUGUUAAUUUUCACUAGCAACCGAAGAUUUUAUAAAGUGAAUUAUUUACGCUUCCUAUCGACGUAUAGUCUGACACGUACUGUUUUAUAUAUAUAUACAUGUAACGACUUUAUAUACUGUAUUUAAUUUAGUGCUUACUAACUUAAUACUCUAAGCGUACGUUUAAGGGAAAAUAGCAGUCAAUACGAGAUAAAAUUCAGAGUGACGUUCAAUUCUUUACGAAAUGUUGCUAAUAGAUUAGCAAACACCAAUUAUUGCAGUAAUUUAUAUCACAUUCGAUCAUGUAGUUUUAUUAUUUUAGUAUUUUAUAGUCUACAAAGAAAUUAUGUUUACACAGAACGAAUGGCCCCUUCUUGUACGGCAGCACACAUCCUUAUCAUUUGCAGGAAUUUUAUUUACUUUCUGAGUAAUAUUAACGGCGUGCAAGUAUAAUUAUCAGAAAUAUUAGAAAAUUGUACGUUGCUCGGAUAAUAGUUACCUAACCUCAAGCCUCUACUUUCGUAUUAAUUUCUCACGCUGUUUACGUUAGAUUAAACAUAUCACGUGUACCUCUUAAUGUUUCCUGCGACUUCUAUUAACGUUAAGAAACUUUCUCAGAAAUAUUUUUCUCCAAAAUUAAUGUAAUUGGACGAUAACCAGCGACAAUAACGUUAUAUUAAGAAUAAUAAUCCUAAUGUCUGAUCUGAUUCGCGAAGCUACCUUACUUAUCGUUGGAUACAUCUGUUUUGCAACGUAAAAUAUGUCUUAAAUGCAAAUGUCUUAAUAAUAUUUAGGAUUGCUUUUAAAUUAUUUAGUAAAUUACUCACAAUUCUAUUUGAAAUUUUUCACAUACUGUUUUCUUUUUUAACAAACAGUUUUACAUAACAUUAGUGUUUACUAUUUACGUUCAAUGCAUUUACUUUGAAAACACAGAUGUAUUCGUGUGGUAGUAAGUAAAACGAACAAUCAGAUAGAAUUACUCGAUGGUCUGAAGCAUUUCCGUAUCCGAAAGGAUUUCAUCGUUCGAUUGAGAGAUGUUCACCGAGCAAGUUGGAGAUUUUUUUCGAAGUUUUCACUCGAUAUUUCUACAGCCGCGGUUCACGAUCGCAAAUAGAAGAAAAAAUACAGGAAGCCGUGACGCGAUCUUCGACGUAUAACAGUAGUCGGUGUAAAUGUUAUAGCGCUGAGGGCUUGCAGGCUCUAUAGUAAUAACGCAAAAUUCAGCUUUCUUUUUGUCCAUGAUACAUGUUUCAGUACUUAUCGAUAGAUCAUUGUGUAAUACGUGUAUGUUAAAUGUAAAAGCGCGGUCUCUGGAAGAAUUGUGGUAAUUACAAACCGAUCGAUAUCAACGAUUUAUCACUAAUGCAGAUGGCGUUGUUCGAUCGCCUUCGAUUUUAUCAGAAUGUAUCAAUGUGUUUGUCUAGACAAUAACGAGUAAACGAGAUGACAAUAAAACGAUAAUAAUAAACGAUGAAAUACAGAUCUUGUUUGUCGUAUCAUUAA